AUGCUCCUCAGUCAAAUUUUCUUUGCCUCGUUGGCGGCUGGCGAGUUCAUUCUCAACUAUGACCGCAACCUCGAGGGUCGUCUGGAGGACUUUGAAGUUGAGGAGAUGGUCAUUGAUGCUGUUGGUGGACCAUCCAAGCUUGGCGCGUUGAAGAGUCCUUUGCGGCAAAGGGAUUCUGCCGAUCCAAUGUUUGGACGUGCUGCCCUGUCUGCGAACGGCGUGCUUCAUGUCCUGAACAAGAGACAGUCUUGCGAAGCAGGCUAUUGGUACUGUUCAGCGCGUGUGGAAAACGGCCGAACCACAUAUGCCGCAAGCCGCACCACCACGAGAACCUACACGACAACCCGCACGCAGUACUACUACUGGACCAUGACUUGGUACUACUACUACUACUACUGGGCCUACUCUGCCGCCAUUCAGGCGUCUGUCAUCACCUCGGCGCGCACGUCUACCACCAGCGUCUUGAGCGUCAGCGCGACGGCCGCCGCCGCCGCCUCGAGUUACUUCAGCUCCGUUUCCAGCACGCUCAGUUUUUCGACGCCCGCGUCGGCAACGAGCCUCGCUUCUCUGACUGGCAGCACGCGCAAGGGAACAGGUGGUGCUGACGGACCAAACGCCACCGACACCCCGAACAAUGGCGGCGGCAGCGAGAACACGGCUAAUAACGGCGGAGGCAAUGACAAAAGUAGCCCGACGACGACAGCUACCGUCGCUACCGGUACCACUCGGCCUGAUAGUCCCGGUGCUGGCGCCGCCUUGUGGUCUAACAUGGAUAUCUUUACCACCAUGUUUAUCGCUCUGGGAGUUAGUACCGGCGCGUUAGCAGUGAUGCUGUAG